AUCGUGAGACAACACAGGCGUCCCUGGAGUCAGCGAGGACCUUGCCUGCAAGUCCGGGGGCGGGGCCUGAGCCAGUCUAGCCAGCUGCCGGUCCUACCAGGGCUCCCCAACUUUCCUUCCGUCCGCGUCAGCUCCUUGACACUCUCAUCUCCAGCAUGCCUGGUCCGACCCCCAGUGGCACUAACGUGGGAUCCUCAGGGCGCUCUCCCAGCAAAGCGGUGGCUGCCCGGGCGGCAGGAUCCACUGUUCGGCAGAGGAAAAAUGCCAGCUGUGGAACAAGGAGCGCAGGCCGCACGACCUCGGCAGGCACCGGGGGGAUGUGGCGAUUCUACACAGAAGAUUCACCUGGGCUCAAAGUUGGCCCUGUUCCAGUAUUGGUUAUGAGUCUUCUGUUCAUCGCUUCUGUAUUUAUGUUGCACAUUUGGGGCAAGUACACUCGUUCGUAGAUUCAGUUACAUCCAUCUGUCAUCUGAAGAAGGAGGAAAAAACUUAACAUAUCUUGGACCAAAAGUAUAAUGACUAUCUUUUCAUGUGAAAAAAUUUCUGUAAGCUUGCUGUUUUACAGGGGAUUUAUCCAUAAUUGAUUUUGAGGAAUCAUUUUUUUUCUAUGGCUAAUAAACUUAAAUUCACUUAUA